AUGUACUGUUUGUACACAAUGAAUGUGAAGCUGCUGUCCGAUCCUGAUAUCGGAUGGAGGUGUGAUCCUUCUGUACCUGAUCAGCCAGUUAUGGAUAACUUAGUGGGAAAGAGUCCGAGCAAUUUCUGGGUUUGGGUUCCCCUUCAUUUGGCGGGAUCUAUUAUUGCGACAUUUCUAGUUUUCUUCCAUUUAUCAAAAUCAGACUGCUCUCCAAACAGCCCGCGCCCUGCACAGAACACAGGCCUGAAAAAUUCCAUGGCUUCCACUGCAUCAACCUUAUCAUUAUUCACUUCACUCCGCGUUCCAUCUCGUAAACCCCAACCUACCUUUCCCAAUUCUCCCUCUCCUCGUAAGCUGGUCUGUCUUCGAUCUCCACCCAUCGCGGCCGCCAAAAACCCGGUGAAUUUCGGCGUCGCCGGUCUCGUUGGGGCUGGACUGGUUCUGACCUUCAUUGGACCCGCCUCCGCAGUGAACCUACCUCUAGUGGGUGAGCUCAGCGAGCCCGCUAACGCGCUCUCUUUGCCUACCUGGGCUGUCCACGUGUCGAGCGUUGCGGAGUGGGUUACAGCAAUGGCAUUGGUGUGGCAGUACGGGGAGAAAUCUGGGUUUGAAACCCGGAAGGGGCUCUCUUGGGGUAUGGUACCUUUGCUUGGUGGAGCUCUUUGUGCAUGCACAUGGCAUUUCUUCUACAAUGCAGAGUCUCUAGAGGUACUGGUGGCUCUUCAAGCUGCUUUGACUGUAAUCGGUAACGCCACAAUGGCCAUUGCUGCAUUCCGAAUAUUCAGAGAAUCGGAGGAACGUGCUAAGGAUCUUUGA